UUUAUGGAGUUUCAUGUAGUGAAUAGUGAAGUGAGUAUCUUGGGUUUGCCAGGCUUGAAAGAAGUGUCAGUGCAAAAUCAGAAGUCAAAGUACAACAAGUGGAGUAAAAAGAAGGCAAACUUCAAGAUACAGAAAAAUGCGUUCCCGAACGGAACAAAAGUAAAAGUGAAGAACACCAACAAAAGAAGUGGCAAAGUGGAGUGGCUCAAAGGUGAAAUAGUGCGCAAGACGGAUAAUGCCUGGAAAAUCAAAGUGCCAGUGCUAAAGAGUAUUGUGACCAGGAUGUAUAAAGAAAUCCGUCAUGAUGAGUGGAGUAAUAAGAAGAAAUUGUUGAAUGAAGAGAUUCCAAAAAUGAAUAUGAGUGAAGAAAAAGUGUUGAGUGAUAGUAGUGUAACUUCAUCGAGUGCCAGCACUUGGACAGCUCAAAGAAGAUCAAGUCAAAGAUGAAGGACAACACAAAUGGGAACAAGUCAAAGAUGAAAGAUGCGGAAAACGACGAUAAUAAUAUGGAGACGUAGAUGUGCGAAGUAAAUAAAUAUAUAAAAUUUUGUGAUAAUAUUAUUGUUGU